GAGGCCGUGUCGGGGCCCGACUACGAGGAAGAUGAGGAGUACGAGGAGGCACUGCCCGUCCACCAGUACAUCGUGGACGACUUGAUCCGAGUUGAACCUGUGGUUAAACCCAAGCCAACAAAGAGGGGGGGUGAGAAGAAUGCCGGCAAAUCAAGAAGGAAGAAAAACAAGGGGAAAAACAAAAAGAAGGGGACUCCCUGUGAAAUGGAAUACAAAAACUUUUGCAUCCAUGGUGAAUGCAUAUACCUAGAACAUCUCCAGAUGGUGACCUGCAAGUGUCAUCAGGAUUUUUUUGGUGAGCGCUGUGGUGAACAGUUCAUGAAGACGCAAAGGAAGAAUGAUGUGGCAGACUACUCGAAGACUGUGUUGGUAGUGGUAGCUGUCCUGCUCUCAAGCAUCAGCUUCAUUACUGUACUUAUCAUUGUGAUAGUGCAGGUCAGGAAAAAGUGUCCUCAGUAUGAAGAGAAAGAAGAAAGGAAAAAACUUCGACAAGAAAACAGAAAUGGCCAUGUUGGUGUGUAAAUGAGGAGAAAGCAGAACAAUUCUGAUGUGGCUACUGCCAAGCUGCAGGGUACCUCUGGCUACCUGACACAUCCACCUGGACACUGUGGGCUGGAGCUGUUGCCACUAAGCCCUGAUUCAUCAAGACAGAGGCUGCUGCAAGGAGAUGUCAACAUGCCACUUGCUGCUGAAUCGCUUGCUGGGGAGGACAGUUACCACUACGUCUUGGCACAACGAUGUGGAAGGAGCUGCCACUAUGGGGUAGAGGACCUGCUAUCAAGACCUGCUGGAGACUGCUGCUACUGAGCCCUCUCUGUCAGUGCUGGAGCGCCGGUCUCUG